AUGGCAACCUGGGCGUACCCCCCACUAUCCACAGAACAGCUCAACCGGCAGGCCGAUUUCACCUUGGCUCGGGAGCUCGAGUGGCUAUUACAAUCACUGCAGGAGUCAUUAGUAUCCUUGAAGGAAGGCCUGCAAGAGUGUGCAGCCCUCUUGGCCCCUCAGGAACCGGGGUCAACUCUGGUUCUAUCAUCAUUGCGAUCAGAGAGUGUGAAGGGCUUCGUGACCCGAGUCGGCACCAAGGUGGUCAAAGGGGAUAUCCAGCUCCGUCUAGCCUCACUCCCUCCUUCGCGGGGUACCCCUAGCACCCGCCUAACUCUGUCCCAAGCUCCUGAUGCCCCAGACUUGGUGUUGCAGCAACUGGUGUCGGUCCGAAAUCUCGUCAAUCAAAGUUUGGAUAUUGUGGAUGUGAGCACAUACACAGGCGAUCCUCUCAAUGCGGGAUUUAUCUUCAGCCAGCUGCAUCUCUUGCAGGAGACCAUCGGCGAGGCCCGGCAGAUGCUGAAGGGAGAUGGAAAUACGCGAGGCAACUGGUGGGAGACUAGUGCGUCGGACAAUAUGUUUGAUCCUCCACCCCCACCUUUCCUCUCCUUUCAUCUCUCUAUCGCAGAUUCUGCGCUAGUUCUCCUCGUACGCACUCUGGAAAGCAGUAGUCCUGCCCAUACGCCUACGGCAUUUGCAUCGGACAUCUCCCUGACCGGAUUCUCCCUCAGAGACCGGAUAUUUGGGAGUCGACAACCUGCACACGAUGAGGCAGGGGAUGUCUUCACCUGGCAUGGCGAGGAAGUACGCGUUAAGGAAAAGGUUCGGGUUGAAAGCCAAGACCCUAGCUUGAUGGCCGUCAUGGCCAAGCUGACAGCGCUAGAGCACGAAGUGAUGCGCUGGGUGAUGGCGCUUCGAGUGCUUAUGGGCAACGAGGAGCCGGAAAGCGAAUAA